GUGAAUAAAAUUGUGAUGAAUCAACCGUAAACGAAGUCGAUAGACAACCACCAAUAUCGUUAGACAGAGAUGGCGGGAAUUAACAAGCUUGCACAGUGCAUUUAGUUUCCCCAGUAGGCGCCUUUUUCUCAAUUCACUUUCUUCUUCAAAAACCCUAAUAAAUCCCGCCAAAUUCCCACAUUUACAUUGAAAUUCUUCCUUUUCGACCACAUCAAAAACCCUAAUGCACCCAAAAUUCUAAAACCACCUUAUAAUUCUGCAAUUGUUUCUACAAUUUUCAAAAGAGAAGGAAAUUAGGUUUUUCAUCGGAGGAUACGAAAUGAACAGCAAAAUCACAGAUGACGUGAUAGAGACAAUUCGUUCAUUCGUAGGACACGAUUACUCUCAAAUGGACAUAAUCAGAGCUCUUCACAUGGCGAAUAACGAUGCAACUGGUGCAGUUAACAUAAUUCUCGAUACCCCCAAUUUUAUUUCACAAAGUCGGCAAAACCCUAGAAUCAAUUCGAGAGAAAGGGUCAAAGUUCCUGCCUCUAAUUUGAUCAUGAUGGAGGAGAAUAACGAGAAUUCAAAACCAAAUGGGGGAUUAAAUUGCAAGGAUUUGGCGAUAGUAAGUAUGCAGGAGAAAGAAAAUGGGAGUAUCCAAUCGAAAAUCGGGGGCGAAGAAUGGUUGUUUGUUGGAUAUGGUGAGAUUUCUGCUAUGUCAACUAGUAAAGGGAGGAAGAUCAAGAUUGGUGAGGAAGUAGAUUUUGCAUUUCCUUUGAAGAAUAAGUUAACUUCACCUUCUACAGCAGGAAAGGUUUUUGGUAGAGGUAAACAAGUGGGAUCUUGUUCUGAGAUUGUAAGAUUCUCGACCAAGAGCGGUGGAGAGAUUGGUCGAAUACCAAAUGAGUGGGCAAGGUGUUUGUUACCUUUGGUGAAAGAUAAGAAGAUUAGAAUUGAGGGAUUUUGUAAAUAUGCUCCUGAGAAUUUGAGUAUUAUGGAUACCAUUGCUUUAAACGUGAGUGUCUACCUCAACAGUUCAAUGUUUCAAAAGAAUCAUCAAAAUUCGCUAAAAGCAGCUGGAAAUUCCAGUGAGGAAUCAGUUUUUCAUCCCUUGCCAACGUUAUUUAGGUUGCUUGGGAUUGCUCCAUUUAGAAAGGCUGAGUUCACUCCGGAUAAUUUGUACACAAGGAAACAACCUUUAGAAUCUAAGAAUCUUCUGCAUGCCUCAACGGUGCAUGCCAAGAAUACAAAGAGUUUGACAUCAAAUGGAAAUAAACCUGAAGAUGAGGUAGAAGUAUCAGAUGCUGAUGUUGAUAGAAUUGUUGGAGUUGGAGAUAGCUCUAAGCUGGAGGAAAUGGCUCCUCCAAGCACUCUUCUCUGUGAACUUCGUCCUUAUCAGAAACAGGCACUUCACUUCAUGGUCCAUUUGGAGAGGGGGCAGACCACUGAUGAGGCAGCUACUACCCUUCAUCCAUGUUGGGAAGCAUAUAAACUGGCUGACAAGAGGGAUCUCAUUGUGUACUUGAAUUCAUUUUCGGGUGAAGCAACAACAGAAUUUCCAAGUACUCUACAAAUGGCUAGAGGAGGAAUUUUGGCAGAUGCUAUGGGGCUUGGAAAGACAGUGAUGACCAUAUCUCUUCUCCUUACCAACUUGGAGAGACUAGGAUCACCUUGUAGCCAGUCAAUGAACCUUUCUUCUGGUGAAAAUAAGGAUCUUAAUUCAGCAUUAGAAGCAUCUCCUGAUCCUCCAAAAAAGCUUGCAAAGCUCGACAAGCUGUUAAGACAAGAGAUCAGUCUUGCAAAUGGUGGAAAUCUCAUUGUCUGUCCAAUGACACUUCUUAGCCAGUGGAAGGCUGAGAUAGAAACUCAUGCUCAGCCUGGGUCCCUCUCUGUUUAUGUUCAUUAUGGACCAGGUAGAUCGAAGGACGCUAAACUCUUGGCUCAACAUGAUGUAGUCCUCACUACCUAUGGAGUGCUAUCUUCAGAUUUUUCAUAUGAGAAUUCAGAAGGCUGUGGAGCACUUUAUUCUCUACGGUGGUUAAGAGUGGUGCUUGAUGAGGCACAUACAAUUAAGUCAACUAAAAGCCAAAUUUCUGUGGCUGCUGCUGCUUUAAUAGCCGACUAUAGAUGGUGUCUCACUGGAACUCCAAUUCAGAACAGGCUUGAGGAUUUAUAUAGUCUUCUUCGGUUUUUAAAGGUGGAGCCUUGGGGAAACUGGGCAUGGUGGAAUAAACUCGUUCAAAAGCCCUAUGAGGAGGGUGAUGAAAGAGGAUUGAAACUAGUCCAUGCCAUUCUGAGACCAAUAAUGUUACGGAGAACAAAGCACUCUGUCGAUAGGGAUGGAAGGCCUAUUUUAGUUCUGCCUCCAGCCAAUAUCCAGGUAGUAUAUUGCGAGCUGACUGAAGCUGAAAAGGACUUCUACGAGGCUUUGUUCAAGAGAUCUAAGGUGAAGUUUGACCAAUUUGUGGAGCAAGGACGGGUUUUGCAUAAUUAUGCUUCUAUAUUGGAAUUAUUGUUACGACUGCGUCAAUGCUGUGACCAUCCAUUUCUUGUCAUGAGUCGAGGUGAUACUCAAGAUUAUGCUGAUUUGGAUAAGCUCGCAAAACGUUUCCUUAAAGGUGGCAAUGGUGCUGCUGAAGGUGAAGAGAAAGUUUUGCCAUCAAGAGCUUAUAUUCAGGAGGUUGUUGAAGAGAUAAAAAAGGGAGAGCAGGGAGAGUGUCCAAUAUGUCUUGAAGCCUUUGAAGAUGCAGUUUUGACUCCCUGUGCUCAUCGUUUAUGCCGAGAGUGCCUUUUGGCUAGUUGGCGGAAUGCUGCUUCUGGUUUAUGUCCAGUCUGCAGGAAAUUGGUGAGCAAGCAAGAUCUCAUUACGGCUCCUACAGAUAGUAGGUUUCAGAUAGAUGUUGAGAAAAACUGGGUUGAAUCUACGAAAGUUUCAACAUUGUUGUCUGAAUUGGAAAGCCUGCAAUCAUCAGGAUCCAAAAGCAUUGUCUUUAGCCAGUGGACUGCCUUUCUAGAUCUGUUGGAGAUUCCUUUUACGCGGAGUAAUAUAUGUUUUCUUCGCCUUGAUGGAACUCUGAAUCAGCAGCAACGUGAGAAAGUAUUAAAAAAGUUCUCUGAAGAUAGUAAUGUCAUGGUUUUACUCAUGUCGCUAAAGGCUGGUGGAGUGGGAAUAAACCUAACAGCUGCUUCCAAUGCUUUUGUCCUGGAUCCAUGGUGGAAUCCGGCGGUAGAAGAACAAGCAGUCAUGCGCAUUCAUCGGAUUGGCCAAACUAAGGCUGUAACAAUUAAAAGAUUCAUCAUCAAGGGUACAGUUGAGGAGAGAAUGGAGGCAGUGCAGGCAAGAAAACAAAGGAUGAUUGCUGGUGCUUUAACAGAUCAAGAAGUCCGUAGUGCACGCUUAGAGGAGUUGAAGAUGCUUUUCACAUAGAAGUCAUAACUAAGAUCAUGCACCUUAGUACGGGUUUAAUGUUCAAUAGAUUUAUUUUUGGCAAUCGUACAUGGAAGCGAUGAAUCAUGUUGAACAACUCCUAAGGCCCUAACCUUGACAAUCCUUGAUCCUUCUUGGGGAGACAGGAAUUUGAGUGAUCAGUUUUAUCAACAUCAGCAAGUGAGGAAAUUUUGUGCAGUUAGAUUGCUUGCUUUAGGGGCUGGAUGUCAAUUUUCUGAAUGGUGGGGCAAUUUUAUGCUCUGCUUAUUUGUAUGGAGAGAUUUAGAAGAUAAGUAUAUGAGGUGGGUAGGUUGCGCAUAUUCAUCUGUAAUUUUGGUAGAUAUAAUGAUGUAUAUAAAUAUACCUUAAAAUCGAAUUAAUUUGGUCAUGUUUGUCCGGUAUUUUUAAUUAUUGGUACUCAAUGCUACUAGUAAAAUAUUUUUAGUUUGUUUGGAUAGAAAGAAAGAAAAUAGAAGGAUGCAUUUUUCUUUAAUUGGGUAAUAAAUGAGGGAGAGUUAUAGAGGAGAGGAAAUAGAAGAAAUGAGUUCAUUCAAUCAUAUUUAGUCAUAAAUCUCUAAUUAUUAUUAUAGAGACUUUUAAGAAAAUCUUGUUACUCACCUUUCUCUUUCUCUUUCCCUCCUUUCAUUUCUUUCUUUCAUAAUUUUUGAAGGUGAUUUUGAUCAAUUUGUUGAUGAUUUCAAGGCAUACAAUGUUGAUGAGGAUGAUGGGAAUGCAAUGGGGAAGGAAGGAGUGACAUGACAUUGGUGCUUCAAGGAAGCUAGUUGCAACUAGGUGCCUUGAACUAGGCGUUGAAUGCCUUGAAUAAGGUAGCGUGCGGUAUCAAACAUCAGAAGCGUUUGAUGGCGUGUGCUCAAACGAGCACAUGCAGUCAGACCUUGAUUUUGUAGGCUAUAUAUAGGGCCUAAAAUCAAUAUUAGAAUGAGAGGGAGGCUAUUUAUAGAGAGAAAUAGAUUUAGGAGAGCUUUAAGUGUCUUAUUGUAUUUAGCAUGUGUAAACUGCAUUAAAGAAGAUAACUUAAAACUUGAUACUAUGACAUCAAGCACUAUGAGUGUUGUUUCAUUAGUGAAUUGUUAAAUCUUUACUGAAAUAUACUUUCACUUGAUGGAAGGUGUUUUAGAUACCAUUUAUGUUUUGUGUGCUUAGUUCAUUAAAGCAUUAAUCUUUUCUUAUGUGUGUCGAUAUUCUAUUUUUCCUUCUUUUUCUACACUUCUAUCAUUGGUAGGCCCA